CUUGUUUUUCUGCACUCUUUUUCUCCUCCCUAUGACACAGACACAUUGCCGAUUUGCUCUUCAUUUUACACUCUAAACCUCUAAAACCCCAAAACCUUGGUCCCUUCGUGAUGUCUCAAACUGCAACAACAAUGGGUGAGCGUGUUCCAAACGAUGUCGUGGAAGACAUCCUGGGUCAGCUACCAGUGAAAUCCUUAACCAGAUUCAGGUGCGUUUCGAGAUCUUGUGACUCCAUCAUCACUGACCCCACUUUCAUUAGCAAACACUUCAAGCUCAACCUUAACCAAUCCGAAUCGUUAGUAUCCACAAACACUCACACUGGGUAUUUGCUAUAUACUACAGAGGAUAAGAACAGUUCACCAUCUUCCAAACAUCUAUGUACGGUUGUUUGCAAUAGUGACAGCACAUUGACCCAGAUUUCAAGGUUUGAAAUCCCCUCACUUUUUGAGAAAUAUAGUAUAGUUGGUUUCUGUAAUGGCUUGUUCUGUCUAGCUAGUAGCGACAAUGAUCUUAAUCACAUUAUAUAUUUGUGGAACCCAAGUAUUAGAAUGUUUAAGAAGCUUCUAGCUACUCCCUUUACUGACAAGGAUAAUAAGAAACAUAAGAGUUCUGUUGUUGGACUUGCUUAUAAUUCUGAGAACAAUGACUUCAAGAUUCUGAGACUUCUGUCUGUUCUUUUGGGACCAGAGGCCAAGGCCGAGGUCGAGAUUUACAGUUUGAGUACAGAUUCCUGGAGAAAGGUUGUAAUAUCGUUGGAAUCCUUAAGUGGGUAUGAACCCAACUUUGGAGGAAUUUUUGACAUUGAUCUACCCUGUAUAUUUUUGAAUGGAGCUUUGCACACUGUAGCAUGGACUUGCCGCCGCCCUAUCAUUCUGUCCUUUGAUGUCAAUGAUGAGUGCUUCCGUGAGAUAAUGUUGACUCCUAAUCAUUUGAGAGCUUCCGUGGUUACGCAUUUCGCUCAGCAUGCAUUGUUUAAGAGAUCCCUAGCUCUUUUCACUUUUACUCAUAGUCAUGCGGGUGUCUUAUGCCACAUAUGGGUUAUGGAGGAGUAUGGUGUGGCUGAGUCUUGGACUAGAAAAUAUUCGGUACCAAUGAUUUGGGUUAGUGUUGGUAAUUUCUAUGGCUGCACUGAUAAUGGUGAACUUUUGAUUAAGAAUGCUACUGGGCUGGUUUCAAUUGACCCUGAGAGUCGAAAGCAGAACAUUCUUGCAAUUGAAGAUGCUGAUUGGGUGGGUUUCAUGGCUAAUUCAAUGGAGAGCUUGAUUUUACUCGAUGGUGUGCCACAGAGUAGAGCAAGGCAGAUGGUUUAAGCACCUGCAAAACAAGUAGAAUAAAUCUUAUUGAUCUGGCUAGUUCAGAGCCACAAAAGUUAACUGGUGCAGCAGGGCCUCGUUUAAAGCAAGCUGGGAAUAUUAGUAGAUCAUUUUCACAGCUUGGGUAUGGUGAAACAUAUCUUCUUUAAUGUCCUUAAGGUGAAGGUGCAUUUUUGUUAUGGAUUACCAAUCAGUCAGUCAAUAUUGCUGUGUGUACAAAUCUGCCAAAAAUAUAUAUGGUCAAUUAGGUUUAAUAUGGCUAGCACAUAUUUGAGUUCUCAAUUUGAUGUCAUCAUGAUUGAUCCAUCCAUCUUCAAAAUUAUUUGAGUAAUCCUAUUGAUUCAGAAUGGGUGGGUUGAUUUC